AUGUACCUUUGGUCCCUCAUCGCCCUCGGACUCGCUGCACUCCUGUUCCCACACAUUCGCAAACAGUCGCCUUUACAAUGUCUCGCCCUCACCUAUCUCUAUGUAUUCGACAGCCUGAUUAACGCCGCGUACACCGCCGCUUUCGGUGUGACUUGGUUCUUGGUGGUAUCGCAACAUUACGACAGUGGCAAAGCCGCGGGGCCGGGAGGCAACACGAUUGCCCAGACGGCUGGCUUCACCAGCCCCAAGUACGAUACGGCCUACGUCGAAAUUCAGAACACAAAAGACGGAAACAACUUCGUCGCUCAUCCCCCGCGUGCCGCCGAAGAUCUCAGCAAUGUCGUCCUUCAGCCCGAGAGUCUCCCGAGCAUCAUCUUCAUCUGCCUUUUGUGGGUGAUCCGCGUCUAUUUUGUUCUGGUGAUGCUCGCUUUUGCACGCCAGUCCCUUCGCCUUUGGGUUGCGAUUCCCCGGCACACCCAACUUCCGACUCACAGUCGUAACGUUUCAGUCGCCAGCGUCGCCGACAUCGAUCAGGAUCCUUUCUCGCCCUAUAGCCCCGACGGCCAGGGCUGGCAAGGCAAGCUGGGUCGGGUGAUGAUCAGCAUCGGCCACAGUUACUGGUUGGGCGAAGAGGAGGACGGUAACUGGCUCAGCGGCAUAAACCACAAGUUCCGCCACCGUUCGAAUAAUACGGAGCUGCCCGGUGCACUGGAAAGAGAGAGGAGACGACGCUCUGGAACGGGUCCCCCAGCACCGUCGCCAUCUAUUGUUCGAUCUGCUGUCCUUCAGCAGCCAAUUUCUGAGCAUGCACCUGGUGGCAUGAAUGUGAAGAUGCAAGAUUGGAACGCACCUCGAUAA